AUUCCUUGAGUACCGGACAGCUGCAGUAUAUAUAGCUAUCACCGUUAUUCACGCCACGUGUCACUUGCCUUUUAUAUUUUCUUUCUUUUUUUGUCUUGUCUUCCUUUUUUGUCUGUGUUUUGAAUUCAACCAAAGGUUGUUUCUGUUUUUCUGUUCUUGUAUUUGUUCUUCAGCUAUAACACACUUCACACACUUCACUUUCAUUCUUUUGUCAAAUUCUUCUUUUUCUUCAUUAGGGUUUUGUUUUCAAUUCAAGUACACUACAAUGUUCAACUUCUUGAUUGGGAAAGACGCUAGAAAGAUUCUUAAACGCAAAGAUAGCGAUGCUGGUGAAAAAGGAAGGGCUUUGGAAGAUUUACGAGCCUCUCUAUUUAAUCAAUUUAAUUUCUCCGAUGGUUCAAAACGUCAACAGCGGCGGAUAUGUGGACCAGCUACUGCACUUACCUUCAAUUUUCUGGUUGCAGUCGGUAUUAUUUUCGUAAACAAAAUGGUGCUUCAAACUGUUAAAUUCAAAUUCCCUAUACUUCUCACACUAAUUCACUAUGUAGUGAGCUGGUUCUUCAUGGCAGUACUAAAAGCGUUUUCUUUACUUCCUCCAUCUCCUUCCACAAAAUCAACUCGAAUGUCAACUUUAUUUGCUCUUGGAUUUGUUAUGUCUCUAUCUACUGGCUUUGCUAAUGUUAGCUUGAAGUAUAAUAGCAUUGGUUUCUAUCAGAUGGCAAAGAUUGCAGUGACGCCGUCAAUAGUUUUUGCAGAAUUCGUACUGUAUAGGAAGAAAGUAUCUUUGCCCAAGGUGUUAGCAUUGACGCUGGUAUCUAUUGGCGUUGCGGUGGCUACAGUGACUGAUCUGCAGUUCCAUUUAUUUGGUGCUUGUGUAGCAUUGGCAUGGAUCAUACCGAGUGCUGUAAAUAAGAUCCUCUGGUCUAGACUGCAGCAGCAAGAGAACUGGACAGCUUUGUCGCUGAUGUGGAAAACAACACCGAUUACUUUGAUUUUCCUUGCUGCUAUGUUACCCUGCUUAGACCCUCCAGGUGUACUUUCAUUCGAUUGGAACUUGAGCAACACUUUGGUGAUUUUCGGAUCAGCCGUUCUUGGAUUCUUGCUGCAGUGGUCUGGUGCUUUGGCACUAGGUGCUACAUCUGCUGUUUCGCACGUUGUCCUUGGGCAGUUUAAGACAUGCAUCCUGCUUCUAGGAAACUAUUUUCUCUUUGGAUCUAAUCCUGGUACAAUCAGUAUCUGCGGCGCAUUCACAGCCAUUGGCGGUACAUCUGUUUACACUUACCUUAAUAUGAAGCAGCAAUCAAACAAGGUUUCUCCUCGACAGCCUUCCACUUUACCCAAAUCAAAACUUGGCAAAGAAAACGGCAGCACCAAUGGCAAUGAUGGACAUUAUGGGGCUGAAUCUGUAUAACUUGAUGCCUAAACCUACACAAUGCUGUGAUAUAACCAAUUAACCAAGCAAUUUUUAUUUAUUUUUCUCAUGUUUAAUGAUUCUCAUCUAACCAUUUUGAGGUGUUAGAUGGUGAUGUGUCAACUAGAAUAUAUGAUCAGAGACGAACUAUGAUACUGACCCAUGAAUCUAUUCGACAUGGCAGCUACUGCUCUUGAAAACUUGGAACAGCAAUUGUAUAUGAAUGAUUUGGUGGAUUCCUCAUGAAAACUAGUUUUUUUUUUCUUUCUUUUCAUCUUAUGAUUUUGUAAUAGGUGCUAUAGCUGCAUUAUGUUGCAAUAGAAAACAAAAAUUUCUGUCCCCACCAA